AUGGCAUUACUAGAUACGGCAUCUCAUGCCAGCACACCAGUUGCGUCUACUUUGAGCAACAAGAUUCCCAAGCUAGAACCUCGCCGUCGUCGACAAUCUCCUUCCAACCCAACCCCCCGUCCCGAGACGCCUGCGCUGCCUCCACCACCUGGCCUCGAAGAUCACGCAUACCAAACUCCCUCGAGACGAAUUCUUUCCAAGAAGGAUCACGAUAUGUUUCUGUCGUCCCCCACAUACACGCUGGUUCUGGCUUUUGUUUUUGGCCUCUCCGAGUCCGUCGAAGAUACACCACGCUCUGCCCUCAAGGACAGCGAACUCGGCCCUUCGCUACAGUCGAUCCUCGGCAUACUUGACGAAGUGGACAGAUUUGUCAUAGAGGCUCCCCCAGACGAUCAAGAGGGCUCGCGCUUUGGUAACAAGGCCUUCCGGACGUUCUUGGACCUGGUCAAAGAAAAGGCAGCGGCUUGGCAGACGGAAUUGGGCGUUGACGAGGCGGCAAACGUCGAGGUCUUGGUAUAUCUUGAGCACUCCUUUGGAAACUGGCAGCGGAUAGACUAUGGCUCAGGACAUGAGCUCAACUUUGUUAUGUGGCUUUUAUGCCUUUACCAGCUCCGAAUCAUCACCAAGGAUGAUUUCCAACCAUUGGUCCUCAGGGUGUUUGAGCGGUAUUUGCAGGUCAUGCGUAACGUCCAGUUGACGUACUACUUGGAACCUGCUGGUUCACACGGUGUCUGGGGCUUGGACGACUACCAGUUUCUCCCAUUUUUGUUUGGCGCCUCGCAGCUUCUGCACCACCCAUUCAUCACACCGUUGGCGAUCCACCAAGACCUCACACUGGAGGAGUUUAGUCAUGAUUAUCUCUACCUCGGCCAGGUCAACUUCGUCAACGAUACCAAAACGGUCAAGGGUCUGCGAUGGCACAGCCCCAUGUUGGACGAUAUUUCAGCUUCCAAGUCGUGGACCAAGGUAGAGGGUGGUAUGCGCCGAAUGUUCGUCGCUGAGGUUUUGAGGAAAUUGCCGGUCAUGCAACACUUCCUAUUCGGUUCACUGAUCGCGGCAGUGGAUGGGAUGAGCACAGAGCAAGACUUUGAGCGGGGCGACGAGGAACACGAAGAGGAAGGCGGCGAGAUCAGCCCGGGGAACGUCGGGAACGUUGGCAAGCAUAAGCAUCAACACGUCGGCUGGGGUGAUUGCUGCGGCAUCAAGGUUCCUAGCAGUGUCGCUGCUGCCCAAGAGUUGAAGAAAAGGGGGGCCCGCGAUAGUCUUCGGCGGAUACCCUUUGACUAG